AUGAGUGUGGAGAUGAUGCUUAACUCGUCGCCGGUGUUGUGCUUGCAGAUAGCGAUGGAGGCAGCGCGGUCGGCAACGGGACGUCUGCUGCUGCGCGAGCUCAACCCUUACAUCUUGUGCACGCUCUGCGGCGGCUACUUCAUUGACGCCACCACCAUCGUCGAGUGCCUGCACUCCUUUUGUCGGAGUUGCAUCGUACGUCACCUUGAGAAGAGCAAGUUCUGCCCUAUCUGCGAUGUCCAGGUGCACAAGGCGAAGCCACUGCAAAGCCUCCGGAGCGACCGGACGCUGCAGACGCUGGUGUACAAGCUGGUGCCCGGGCUGUACCAGGCCGAGGUGCGGCGCCGGCGGGAGUUCGAGGCGGGCCACGGGGUGCCGCCGCGGCCGCAGUCGCCUUCUUACUUCCUCUCCGCCGACGACUUCGUGCUGCUCGAGCUGGGAUACCACCAAAGUGACUUUCCGACGGACGAUGAAGCGCCCAACGGUGGAGAGAUGCAGCAUUCAAAGGAGGAGGCGGCGGGUGUGCACCCGUGGUACCUGCGCUGCCCUGCAGCCGUCAGCAUCCGCCAGCUGAAGCACCUGGUGCGCUCCAAGUUCGGCGUCACGGACGAGCACCGAGUAGACGUCAUCUACAGGGGCGAGUGUCUGCCAGACACGUUCACACUCAUGGACAUCGCAUACACCUUUUCCUGCCAACGGUCGUCGCGGAUGCAGGUGACGUACCGCAUAUACAGGCGGCAGCCUCCCGAGUCCGCGGCGGUGUCCUCGUCCGCUGCCGCCUCGGAGGCAGAAGUGGAGGAAGAGGAGAAGGCCGAGUGUGACGCCGCUACGGAAGCGGCCGGCGGCGCCGCCGCGGCGGAGGGGGCGGAGGUCCGGGCGGGGGCGGCCACUGCCAGCCCCACCCCCACCCCCGCCGCUGACGGCGAGGGGGAGCAGCCGCCCCCUGGGGACGCGGACGCAGCCGCUGCGGCGGAGGUGGUGGUGGAGGCGGCACUGCAAGCGCCACCGUCUUCGGGGACGGAGGAGGCGGGGGCCGAAGCGGCCGCGUCCUUCCAGCCGGAGCCCUCGCCAGAAGAGCUGGCGCCCCAGACGGAUGACAAGGUGGACCCGCAGCCGGCGGAAACGCCUGCAACGGACCCUGGAGCACGUAUCGAAAACUUGCCGCCUGCUUCACUGACUGACGUGCAGACGGCCGUCCCGGAAGCUGCGCCCUGCGUCGAGAGCACGUCACCGACAUUGGCGCAGCAGCAGCAGGAGUCCGAACCCGCGACUCCAUUGGCAGAGGCGCUGGGGCCGCAGCAGCAGCCGGAAAAGGCGGCGUCAGCGGCUGACGUGCCGGCGCAGGGCCAGCAGCCGCAACCCGCGACCCCGGCGACAGAGACGACGCAAGAGAAGAGCGACGAGGCGAAGGACUGCGCGGCGGUAGCGCCGCUGACUGACUGCGUUGCGAGCGCAAACCACAAGACUGAAGAAGGGGAGGCCGAGCGCAAGCCGCUUGCGCCCAACCCCAUCGUCCUGCCUGUCACCUCGUUCGACCUAGAAUCUAUAGCGGACGACUUCAACGAAGAGGAGGACGAGGACGAGUUUACCUUGCGAAUAUCGUCUUCUGAAGGCGAGGACGAAGAAGUGGCUGCCGAGCCUCUGCCCGAGAAACCCAAAGAGCCGGAACCCGUUCCGGAGAAGCCCGCGGAGGAGGAGGAGCAGCCCGUGUUGCCGAGAGAGAAGAGGGGCAAGGGUCUCGGCAAGUCGAAGGCGAAAACGAGAGAGGAGCACGGCGGUGGGCGCAAGAGGAGUAAGCACAAGUCUAAACACCACGCGCGCGGCGAAGAAGGUGCUAAGAAGAGGAGGGUACACAAGAGCGAAAUCACGUCGACGCCGACGAUUUUGCAGUACGAUAAGGACGCCAUGAAGCUGAAAGUGAAGCUGAAUUCCCCCACGAGUCCGGAGCAGCAGGACCAGAACGGAGCGGGCGUGGGAAGUAGUGGUGACGCGGCUAACGCCGACGGGGAUUGGGCGGUAGCUCCCAAGGAGCGCGUUCCACAGGUCAGGUCGCACAGGACGAACAAGAGUCUGUGCUAUACUCCCAAGUCUCCCGAUACGCCCGAGGGAGGAAACGGGGCGAAGAAGACGAACGUGAUGCUUCCGCCGUCCUCCAUCACCGUAAGCAAGGUGACUGCUGGCGAGAAGCGCAAGCUCGACCACAAGACGAACAGUGCGUCGGAAAGUAAGAGGCCCGCCCUCGAGAUUAUGCUGGUCAACGCGCCCGGCCCCGGACAGUCGGGCAGCGGAGGACAGAACAAGACCGCUGCCAAGUCGUCUACUUCGUCCAAGCAAACUCCGUCCACUACGAGCGAGUCGGAGUUCGGUAAAAAGGCGGGUGGGGGUGAGGGUCCGAGUGCGAGAACGCCGAGACCUCUGCCGGCGACGAUACCGCUCGUGAGGAUUAAGAAGCCCUCGGCGACGGGCGUGCGGCCCCUGACGGGUCUGACGAUCACUCCGAAGCCGCCGUCGAACGCCGCGAACAAGAGCGCGCCGCCGGCGAGGACUGCGGCGGCGCCCAAGGCGGACAGCAGCAAGCCGGACGACGAGCAGGCGAUCCGGCACGACGACAUCGGCGCGCUCGACCUGUCGGGAAAGUCGUCUCGGGCGCGGGACGGCGCGUCGCCCACGUCGCCCGGCAUGGACCUCAGCUCGCCGCCCUCCACCAAGAGCCCCACGGCGCCCGCGCAGCAGAGUAUCCUGUCCAUCGCGCAGACGCUCGUCCACCGCCAGCUGUCCAGCCUGCACCCGGGGCUCGUUAUGGCCGGCAACGCCAACCUCAUCUCGUCGACGGUACCCGGUCGCAACGGGAGCAACUCUCCCAACGCGCCCUCGGACGGUGCGCUCUCCUCCGCGCUGCUCGGGACGCUUGCGGGGCCCGGCGGAGGUGGUGGCGGCGCGCCGUCCGGAUCGACGCCGACGUCCAAUAUGAGCAACCUCAAGACGCUGUCCGAGGCGGCGGUGCUCAUCCGCAACAUGAUGUCGUCACAAGGCAAGGGCGGCGCGCCCGCGGCGGCGGCGACGUCGCAGGCCAAAGGUCCGGCCAAGUCCGGAGCGUUCUCGCGGCCGUCCCCGACCGGUCAGUACGCUUCCGGCGCCGGCUCCGGCGCGCCCUCCGCCUACUCGCUGGCCGCGGCGGGAGGCCCGGGCUCUCCGAUCCGCAUCCCCGUUCCGCCGUCGAAGCCGGCGGGCACCCCACAGCUCAACGACGUGUUCUCGUGCCGCGGUCGCGGCGCGGCGGGGGCGGGGCCGCCCGGGGGCGGCUACGCCAGCCGCAAACCCGGCCCGAACCAGACGGUGCGCCACAUCCCCAACCCGUCGGCGCUGAUGUUCCGCCAGCAGCCGCAGCACCGCAUGCAGGCCAAGGCGCCGCCCAUCUACCAGGGCUACGCCACGUCCAAGGCGUCUGCCGCGCAGGCCGCCGCCGCCGCCGCCGCCGCCGCCACCGCCACCACCACCGCCCAGUCGUCCGUCUCCAACAUCCGCAAGAUGGAGAACAUGACGCGCAACAUCGAGAAGGUGGCCGCCGGGCUCACCAUUCGCGCCGUCGAGGCCAACGUCAGCAAGUGA